AUGACGACCAAGCUAACGCAGACCCACACGGAUCAACUUUCCAAAUGGAUUGACCCGUCAAAAAGCCAUGCGUUUACUUUACUGUACAAGAUCAGCCGUGACGGAUGUAACGCUCAGACCUUUUAUCGUUACAGUGACAACAAAGGGCCGACCGUCACUGUCCUGUACAAUACAAAUAACUCAGUGUGCGGAGCGUACACAGCUGCAAACUGGAAUUCCAACAGUUCAUGUAUCACCGAUGCAAAUGCAUUCUUGGUUAGGCUAGAGUAUAACGGUACAGCACAGCCAAUGAAGUUUCCUAACACAAGUAGAGGCGGCACAAACGCGAUUUACGGGGAUGCAGGUUAUGGGCAAACAUUUGGAUGUGGUCAUGACUUGCACUGCUUCAGUGGAACUGUAAAUAGAUCCGGUAAUUAUUUCCGAUUAAAUGGUUCUGCCAGUGUAGGCCAUACGUACAACAUGCAGGGACAAAACUACAACACUGUGAUGAACGGUCAUCUACAAGUCAUGAAUCUGGAAGUUUACAGUGUUCGAGGUAGUUGUUAA